AUGGCCAGCAACCGCCCAUCUCCCCAGUCGUCUCCAUCUCUGGGGCCGCAAUCGAGAUCGCAACCGCAAAACUCGCCCCGAACCCUCGCUGCGCCAAUCCCACCUCCCGUCCCAGUCGAAACACAUCCGAACCGCGCAGGCUUAAAGGCUCGACCUGUCCGUGUCCUAUCGCCGGAUCCCAGCCGGCUCGCGCCUGAAGACGCCUAUUUCACAUCGCCCCCUAGGCUACGGCCGGGGAAUGUAUCUGGUGGAAGGCGAGAUGGCGGUAAUAACACCAAUGAUACGGCACGGCUACUUAAUCGAAGCGUUGCGACUCCGGCAGCGGUCGCGGCGUUGAGGAUUCCGCCUGCUGUGCCUGGGUUGGAGUCGAAGCCCGCCAGGGAUCGAAAUCGGAGUCGAAGGAAGCGGAAAGGACAGUGGAAGAAGCUUCUAUGGGUUAAGCAGUCUUACCCUGAUAAUUAUACGGACACGGAGACUUUCCUCGAUCACCUACAACGCAACCCUCGCCUUCAACCGUAUGACUUUUGGCCGCUGGUUGCGGAUUUCACCGUCAUUGAACGCGUCAACCCUAUAUCUGUCGUCAGCUGCGGAAGCAUCUGCACCAUCCUCGGCUGGGUAGUCUGGGACUACUGGGUUGCAAAGGAUGGAAUGGAAGCCGCAGAGGCUAUGGAGGCUAUGCAGCUACUGAAAUCAAGCGAACGGUCUAGCGCGGCUACUCGUAACCACUCUAACUCGAGCUGCAGUAACCCGGAGAGCUUGGAUGGGAAGGAGAAUGGUGUGAAUGAUGGCCUUGGAUUGUCUCUGGAUUCAUCUAGUAUUGACAGCCUUCCAAGCAGAGAAGGCUCAGAUUCUGGCUCUGGCACCCGCUCUCAUUCCCUCAGCACUUCCGCAACGUCUUUGCAUUCCGAGCAAUCUACUCAUCUAUCGCUCUCUCCCGAAUCGAUGAAUGCAGCAGACUGUCCACUCAACUCCAAGGCCGACGUCUCCAGUAUCAAACCAUCCGGCGUAACUACGCCAGUGUCUCCCUUGCCUGCACACUCACCAACAGCUGCAUUCAUCGCUUCACGACACCGCCAGAUGUUCACCACCGUUAAAUCCGCACUAUUAAUAUUCUGUACCCUCCGUGGCCUUAGCCCGAUACUCAAAUCGCUCACCAAGUCGACAACUAGCGACUCCAUCUGGGCCAUGAGUUGCUGGCUAAUGGCCAUCAACAUCUUCUUCUUUGAUUACGGGUCGGGUGAAAAGAAUAUUCCGGUAGGCGGAGCCGCUACCGCUAACUUCCCUGCCUCACUCUCCACCAAUGCAGCACUCAUGGCAUCUACCGUGCUUGCGUCACGCCUCAAAUCCACCUCACACGUCUUUAGCCUUACGCUCUUCUCAAUCGAAGUGUUUGGCCUCUUCCCCGUGUUUCGUCGCUAUUUACGAUCCUACUCGUGGCGCGGCCAUGUUGCUUUAACUGUCUCACUGGUCAUUGCUGCCAGUGCUUCUGUCGGCAUCACGCUCCGAGGCGGCCUGGCCGGUGCGAUCAUAGGAAUCCUUUUUGGCUGCCCGUCAACGGCGUUGAUAAUGGGCAGCUGCAGCUGGUGGCUGAUCAGCCUGCAAAGGUAUAAAAAUGUUGUCAUCGGACCCUGGGACCCGGCAAAGCCAAUUAUACGACGGCACUGGGACUGA